CAACCGACCUCCGUCAUCUUCCAGCAGCCGCACCUUGGACUCCUCGUCCGCCGUAAGACCGACGAGCUCCCUCCGAAUCUCCUCUCCGGUACGGCGAUCAAUUCCUCCGCUCAACGUCACGGCCUCCGGCUUCUCCACCCGCCUCGUCCCCCGGGCGGGGUGGGUGACGUCGACGGCACCCGCCGCCUGUUCGACGAAAUGCCUCGGGGGAAGAAGGCCAAGAGAGCGUCGCGUCGCCCGACCGGCGGCGACCGCAUAGGGGCCCUACCGGACGGGGUGCUCCACCACGUGCUCUCCUUCCUGCCGGCGCAGCAGGCCGUCCGGACGUGCCUGCUAGCCCGGCGAUGGCGCCACCUCUGGAAGUCCGCCACGGGGCUGCGCAUCGGCGAGCAUAAUAUCAACCUGCGAAGCGUGAAGGAGAACCAGGGGUUUCUUGACCAUCUGCUGCUACUCCGUGAUAGUGCGCCUCUCGACACAUGUGUUCUAAUGUUCCGUGAGGGCAAUAAGAACAUGGAGGAUGAGGACGUUGCCCGGAUGAAUCUCUGGUUCAGGCAUGCUCUGCUCCGCAAGGCUCGGUUCCUCCAGCUCCACGUCUUGUAUGGAAAGAACGAUCGUUGGCUGGUUCCGAUAGAUGAUCUGCCUCUUGUCUCCCGGCACUUGACAAGGCUACAUCUUUACGGUAUACGCCUGAAUGAUAGCUUCCUUAACUUCUCGAGCUGCCCAGCAUUGGAGCAUCUCGUGUUUAGGCUUUGUGCAUUUGAGUGUGCCAAGAUCUCAUCCAACUCCGUAAAGCUUUUGAGCAUAACUAAUUGCACUUUCAGUGAGACCUUGCGGGUACGUAUUGACACCCCGAGUCUUGUUUCUCUGCGGCUGGAUGACUUAAGUGACCGGACUCCUGUGCUAGAGCGGAUGCCGUCAUUAGUUGAUGCAUUUGUCAGAAUAGUGGACUAUACUAACGACGUCUGCAGUGACUCGGACACUGGGGAUUGUGAUCGCGAGGGCUGUGUCCCUUGUUACGGUAUCAAGGAUAACAAUAGUGUUCUUUUGCAAGGUUUAUCUGAAGCUAAGACGAUGGUGCUGAUAAAUGAACAUGACUCGUUCAUUUUCGAAAGGGAUUUGAAAUGGUGCCCAACAUUUACCAAGUUGAAGACUUUGUCACUCAAUGAAUACUGGUGUGAGCGUGAUGACUUUCACAUGCUAGCUUGCAUUCUUGAGCACUCACCAAUCCUAGAAAAACUCAUUUUCCAAUUUGAUUACCAGGGACAGAAAAGUAAAAUUAAAGGAGUCUUCAAUCAAAUGGAGAGAUCAGCUGGAAUAUUAGAACACCUUCAGAUGGUUGAAGUUCAAUGCGUCAUGGUUGAUGACACAGUUGUUAAAGUUUUGAACUACCUGUCAACAUUUAAAAUAUAUUUCAGUUUCGAGGAAAUGGAGCAUUGAGAAUUGGAUGAUCAUGAUGUUGACGAACGGCAACAACGCCUAAUAUGCCUUGAUUAUUAUUAUUAGAAGUUUGAGCCAUGAACGCUGCUGUCCUUCUAACUUUAUGUGCCUUAAAAAUAACUGUUUUGGCUAGUAAUGCCCCUUUUGGAUUGUCUAUGUGGAGCUGGGUUUCUCGUGUCAUAUGCUAUUUUCUUUGCUCUUUGGAUCAUGCAUGUUAUUUUGGGGUAGAUAUCUUGACUGAUCUAUAAGCUAGCACUGUGACUCCAAUCUAUUGGUGCGUGUGUUAUUAACAUGCCGAUACCUAGUUUAUUGCGUAUCUCAUUGCUGUCUUACAUUUGAUGAAUUGAUUGUUCGAGCAGUGGUGUGCUCUUGUCCUCGUAGAGGAAUAUCAUUGCUUUUCUCUUGAAGCCAAGAGCACUAGUUCCUUUCUUCUGUGCCUUGUUAGAGGAUGAUGGCUUAUGAGUCUACAAACUCUAUUAACUGCUGGAGUUUUAGUUGUGUAUGAGAGUGUGAUUUGCCGUAUUUGGUGCUACUCU